GCCAUGCCCGCCGCACCACGCAUCGUCUGCAAAGCCGGGCCCUCGCUCGACUCGCUGUCGCCCGUCGAUGUGAACCGCACGGCGCUCGCGAUCUCGUCGUCGGCGUUCGAGGGUCACGUCGCUGUGCGCCUCAAGGACUACCGCGGGCCGGCCGCGCAGGAGGGCACGUACGAGCGGCAGCCGCAGGACGCGCUCAUGAACGAGGGCGACACGUGGAGCAUCAGCUUCGAGGGCAGGUUCAAGGCCGAUGGGCUCACGGCCGACGACGUGCUGUUUGGCAACGUAUGGCGCAAGCCGAUCCGCGACUUCCUCCCUUACGGCACGUCGGCAGCCUUGCGCUUCGUGCGGUACAUGGACCCGAGCCUCGAGUGCGACCUGUACGCCGACAAGCCGUGGGCCCUCUCUCCUCUCUUUGCCACGCUCCAGUACCUCUCGGCCAAACCCCUUGCCGCCGCCGAGCCGCUCCCGACGUUCAAGCCCGACACUUUUCCCGAGGACGUCGCGCCCCUCCUCCCUUCCUCGACCCCUCCCCCAGCCGACCCCGCCGCUCGCCGCUCCUUGUUCUCCAAGGCCGACGCACGGCGCGCCGUCGCGCUCGCGCCGUCGCACCUCGUGCGCGGCGAUUUCUCGCACGGCUUCCUCGCGUUCGACAACCUGUCGCUCGCGCUCCCCGGCGGGCUCAAGUUCAAGCUCGACAAGUACUGGAACGGCGAGCCCGUCGUCUUCAGCUGCCAGAGGCGCGCCGAGCCGGGCAAGGACGCAGAGACGUUCUUCGUCGUCACGUUCGAGCUCGAGGCGGACGAGGGAGGGGCGCUGCCGGCCGGGACCAAGGAGGCGGCAGAGGGUGUCGCAGACGCCCAGGAGGAGGUGAACGAGGACGUCGACUAGACUCGGUGGCGCGAGAGGCAAUAGACGAGCGUCGGUGCGAUCUAGCUGUGCCUGUGCAUCUCUCUGCCUUUCUUUUGCGGGCUCCCCUUC